CUCGCUUUCAUUACGGUCUACUCUUCUGGAGGACUGUGACCGAGGAGGGUGGUAUCCACCUCUAUGUGUUUAUUCGGACAAAACAACCCCAGUCGAAGCACUGUAUCGUCCUGGAACACGUAGCACUCUCCGAGUUUUUCCUUCAUCGACAAAUAAAUGCUCAGCAUAGGCAUCAGAGAACUAAAACACUCGAAAAACAAGGAUCAUUUUGCAAAAGGAAACAAAAGCGCAUUGGCCAUACAGCACACGGAGCCUCUCAAUGCAUACCCUCUGUGCCCGAGGAACGAUGAAGCCAGAAAUAAACGCCGCCGUCGGGUUUCUGUCGAGAUUCCUGCGGAUUAAAGGACAUGUGAACGACAGACAGCUCCAGACAUUCAACCAGACCCUACAGGACAUCCUGGCAGAGCAAUACAAACACCACUGGUUCCCAGAUCGUCCCAACAAGGGUUCUGGUUAUCGCUGCAUACGUAUCAACCACAAGAUGGACCCUCUGGUGGGACAGGCUGGUCAGCGUAUUGGCCUGAGCAUCCAGCAACUCUACCUGCUGCUUCCUAGUGAGCUCACAUUGUGGGUCGACCCAUUUGAGGUGUCCUACCGCAUCGGAGAGGACGGCUCAAUCUGCGUGCUCUACGAGUCCCUCCCAAUUACCAACGGAAACCCCAGCGUUACCACUGGAAACGGCCACCCCUCCUCCUCUGUCUCCCAGGUAUCCCCCAUGGUGGACAGUCGCAUUAGCUGCAAGGAGGAACUAAUGGUUAUGGGUCGCACCAGCCCCGCUAAAACCUACAUGAUGACUGUGUCCAGCUAAAUGGUUCACAGAAAUCAUUUUUAAGAAAUAAAAAAGAGAGAAAGGAGAAGAAGAAGAAAAAAAAAACAGGAUGUGUCCUAUCGUCCAGGUGAUGGAAACCUCGUAGGUUUAAUUUUCACUCGUUUGGUUGUCUGUUCUGUUAUUGUGUUGGAUCUACCAGAGGCUCGACCCUGGGGCAGCUAAUGAAGACCUGAAACAUCGCACGGCCCCCCAGCUCACAGAAGGGGGCUUUUUCUGCCAUCGUCUGUCGAUGUUGACUUUGCACUUUCGCUUUCACGGUUUAUGUUAUCGCAUAAACACAAACUCCCUCUAAAAUGUUUAGGAAUUGCACUCAGAAUCCUAUUUCAUCAUCUCUCCGUUUUCUCUCGUUGAGCUGAAGCCCAGACCUUCGGGAAGCCGUGCCAGACCUGAGUAGCCGCUACGAGCCUCUUUUUUUUUUCUUUUUUUUUUAAACCUCACUUUUUUGGACCACAAAGCGGUACUUUUGUCUCUUUUCUCAGUGUCUGGCACACAACCGGAGCUCCUUUUGGGCUUCAGGUCGACGUGAACCGGUUUCAAACCGCCUUCAUCCUGUACACUGCCGCGAUGGAAUACCUGUGUCAUACUGUUACCCACUCUAGCCGUCAAUGGCACUGUGAUGCAAAGGUUCUCAUGCUUGUAGCUUUUUCUAGGGGCUCCCUCCUGGAUGAAUGUAAUUUCUAACAAAAAAGAGAAAAAAAAACUCAAGAAAAAUCCAACAACGACAAAACAUUUGAUUUAUUUAAGCCCCUUGUCAUACCAAAAUGAAAGAUGUAGCAAAGUUUUUGUAUUUUUUUUUUUACUUGGAGCAGAUGUGGUCUUCACUUUCUGCCUGGUUUAGAAAGGACGUUGAAUGCACUUUGACAUUUUAGACUGUGUGGGAUGACGUUUUGAUUUGACCCAGCUGCAUUCCAUCGCGCACCUCCUCAUUCAGUUGUCGUAAAUCGCUUUCUCUGCUUGCGCUCUGCACAGGGCGACGUGGUUGCAAUAUUUUCAAAGCUGAGGGAGACAUUGCAAUCCCAGGUUGUUCUCUCUAGCCAAUUUUUAUCCUUUCAAUUGACUGAUUCAGGCUGUUCGAGAUUAGUUGUCAAUCACUAGGACUUCAUUUACGGCCAGUACAUGGCCAACAAGAAAGGGCGUCGAAAAACGGACCAAUGUUCCCAUCUCCUCGCAGAAUCGCAGGGCCAGUGGUGCUCGGUUGUUACGGAGGGUGUCCCGACGCACUUUCCAAACAGGCGUCACCUGUCUCAGUCUUAACUAGGAGUGCGCGGUCAAAACAUAUCACCUCCCUCUGUCGGCUGGGCGAAGGAGGGGGUAGGACCCUCACAUCAGGGCAGCUACAAUCCUCUCCGGCCCCCUUCUCGCAGCCUGGUGGAGAGUUUUUAUGCCAGCACACACACACACACACACCAAGCGCACUCCAAACCCCACUGAGCCUUACGUACAGGGCCGAGUCGGGACGGGAAGAGAUGCUAAUACGGGAUGCUCCUGGUCUCUGGCUGAUUCUGUUUACAUUGGUGUAAGUUGGUGGAAAUAAGCGGGUUGCAGGCUUUGCGUGCGUUUAUGUGUGCGACAAACUGCUCUUGCCUUAGCCGUUAAACUGCCGAGACAGGGUGCUGAUGAUCAGUCCUAUGUGUGCUAAUACUUUUGACCCUCGAGGACCAUGGGUAACGCCGGGUUGUCGAUGCACUGCCGUCCCUUUCUGUCUCGUUUUGCUCAAGCCAUUAUUUUAGACGGGUGGAAAGUCUGUUUUUAAAUCAAAAUUGACAUUUUAAGCAUGGGUCGAACCCUAAUAUUCGGACACAAUUCGCCAUCCCACCCCUCUGAAUGCUUUGAAAUCUGACACGUGGCCCCCUUCGCCUGAUGGUUUUACCUUUGAAGCUUUUUAACCACAUUCUGGUGAUCUCAACCAAAUUGGAACAGACAAUUUAAGUGUUUUUUAGAUCUGCAGCUUUUAAACUACUACUAGCUACUUUCCCCCUCCUCCACUGAAAUAACAUCAGCAAACCGUUUCUAUUCUCCGUUUCAGUUCAGUAAAUGUUUGCACACAAGUUUUAAGUAUCGUUGUAAGUCUGAACUCUAGUAUACUCGGAGGCUAGAGCACAUGAAAUGCACUAAUAGGUUAAACAUUGAAGUUAUGUGACUUUGAGACCGAAGCGUCUCGAUUGGAAUGUAUUGCCAAGCUCAGGCCACAGACAUUCAUUGAAACCCUUAUGGAUGUUAAGAUGUGAAAAACAGAAGGGAAUGAUUCGGUUGGGAAUUUUGUUGGUCAUUUCAGAAGUGAUUUGCGUUAUUGCCACUUUCGCAUCUGAGGUGGUUCCAUAUUUGUAGAAUGUAUUGUUAUUGUACAACAUAUGGUAGACUAAGUACAUAACCAUACAUAUGGGAAGUGCCAAUAAUUGAUAUUUUGCUGUGUGUAGACGUGUUCCUUUUUGUAUUUCAUAUUUUAACAUGAAUUCCUCUUUCAUAAGUGAAGCCAUUUGUGUAAGGAGUGUUGGAGAGGACCAAAGUUGUUUUGGUAAUAUAUAAAUCAGUUUCCAUGCUCUGUGCUGAUAGACUUUCCGUGUUUGUUUUUUCCCCCCUCUAUUCCUUUCUUUCUUUUUUUUUAAAUUAAAACAAAAAAGAAAAAAUUCUGAGCAACCCAAGAUAAAGCUGUCUGUAUCUUGUGAUUUUUCCCGUCUGUACAUCUCUUGUGUUCAUUAUUUUCCUCAUUCUUGGGUAUGUUGUGAUGAACUGCUGUAAAUUUGUACAGUUCAUGUAAAUUGAUUGUGCGGAAGUUGUACAGAUUUCUAUAUUUUGGAAGAAAAGUUUUUUUCUCUGUAAUAAAAGAUUUCCUAUCUUGGCAAUGUUU